UCAUAGUUUACUCCGAACCGAGAUUGGUGAAGUGCAUAGUAAUAUACAAACUGGUUAAUAAUUUUAAUAUAGUGUUACAUUGUUUAGCUGGCAUACGAUCCGCGCGUUAUAUUUUCUAUGCGUCUUAUACCUUUACGCGAAACCAGCCUCAGUGUUGUGGCGAUGGCGACAACAUCAAGUGCAUCGCAAUGAUAUAUAGUUUAAGACAUCAAGCUCCUCGAUAUUGUCUAGUAAUUAGUAUCAAUAUUGUAUAACGUUUUCUGUCAUACCGUUGGUUUAAAAUCCGAACAGUUUUGUAAAGCAAUUAGUGUAUUUUUACAUUGUUUUAAUUACACACUCGAUAUAACGCAGUUAAAUUGGUCGAAGAAUAUUGGAAUAAUAUCACGAACGGUGUUAUCAGUGGUCAGUGGUUAACGCAUAUUUUUAAAGGCUUUAUUCUAAUAAGAGACUUAAAAUAUCACCGUUAAUAAUACGUUACUAUAUAAAGCGAUAUGAAUAGAAAAAUAUUUAGAGAAAAUGAUAGACUUGUCGAAGCAAUAGAGGCUCAGGACGCAAAAUCUUGUCGCAGACAACUGUUGUCGUGCUUUCUAGCCUCGUUGAUGUCGCUGUCGGCGGGUACAGUUAUCGCAGGAUGGUCGCCGACCGAAGGAAGUUUUACAGACCAAGAUUUGAAGAGAUGGUCCACCGAACAGGAAUCGUGGAUCAUAUCGAUUUACGUGUUCGGCGCGCUGAUUGGAGCAUUGCCUGCUGGUUUUUUGGGUCAAAAGUAUGGCCGCAAAUCGUUCCUUCUUUUGCUAGCCAUCCCCAUGAUAGCCGGGUGGAUAAUUUGUCUGUUGCGAUUAGAGAGCAUGCUCCUGGAAUGCUUGGGAAGGUUCGUGUGCGGGUUAGCGGUGGGCGCGACCACCGUGGCCGUGCCGCUUUACGCCCGCGAAGUGUCGUCAGACGCGCUACGCGGCCGCACCGGCGUGUUCCUGGACUUCAUGCUGUGCGCCGGCAUACUGUACGCGUACGUGGCCAGGACGGUGUUGCAGGGCGUGCGGCAGUUCUGCCUGGCGUGUUCGAUGGUGCCGGUCGUGUUCGUGCUGCUGUUCUCGUGCGUGCCCGAGUCGCCGGUCUACCUGUACAACGCGGGCCGGUACGAACGGGCGGCAUCGGCGUUGAGAUGGUUAAGAGGUAGGCGAUUCAAUGUCAAAAACGAGUUCGAUAAAAUAGAAAAAUCCAAAUGUCACGACGAUGAGUUAUUUGAUCGCAGUGGAAAGAUGAGUGCCGAAAACAAGAAAUUUCUAGCGAAAGUGACAAUGAUUUCUUUCGGUCUAGUGUUCGUUCAGCGAAUGUCCGGCGCCGGUGGUGUGAUCCAGUACUCGUCCACUUUAUUCAAAAUGUCCGGGUCUACCAUCGAACCGAACACCGCGUGCAUCAUAGUCGGCACAUUCCAACUAGUCACUUCUGGGGUUUCAUUUAUGUUCGUUGACAAAGUCGGACGGAGAACUCUGCUAUUGAUCUCAUCGGCGGUCAUUACUACGUGCCUCGUCCUAUUGGUUCUUUACUUCAGUCUUAUAGAAAACGAAACACAAACGGACUCGCCGUGGAGGAUAUCUCUGCUGUUCAUCCUAUGCAUGUUCAUAUCUGCCUUCCGGUUGGGCCUGGGACCCAUCCCGUGGUUCAUAAGUACCGAGCUGUCACCGGCAUUGUACGGUGGACGCAUACAAUCCUUGGCCGCAUCCUUUUCCUGGACCCUGUCGUUUGUCAUCAUGAAGUCAUUCAAGAUCCUUGUCGAGGCAAAUCCCGUGUUGUUGUGGUGUUUGUUUACCGCAUUUUCGGCCGCCGGGUUCCUAUUCGUGCUGUUCUAUGUACCCGAGACCAACAACAAAAGCCGUGAACAGAUCCACCUCGACCUGAUCGGCUAGGUUGACCUAAUAAAUAUUAGCAACAUCCGCUGUUGGGCUACAAAUACAUUUCACAAGCCAUACCACCACGACGAAAGCGAAAUGUCGACAACAGCACAAUAAUUUGCCACCAUACCGUCAUCUGAUCGAAGUCAGUGUAAUGUCGAUGGAUCGCACUGACGGUAAAUUUGGGUAGCCAAAAUAUAUUCGCGAUCUUUGGCGUAACUAAUGGUGAUCUUGCAAAAUGGUGCCCCCCCCCCCUCGGGCGGAGAAAGUAUUUCAAACUUGAGACGUCGCUCGGGUUUAUAUACACACUAUACGUGGUAAAUCACAAUGAUCUGACACAUUUAAAUGUAAUGUAAAACUGUCUCAUCUUCGAUCUCGAUAUACCUUGUAUAUUUACAGCACUUAAUUAUUACAUGAAUGCAAUAUUCAAAACAAUGGUUGCGUUAAUAAAAAAAAUAAUAGUAAUUUAAAAAAAAAACUUUGUGAUAAAAUAUAGACUUAUUUCCAAGUAUUUAUGAUGUUAAAAUUAUACUAUAUUAUUGUGAGCUACGUACUAUUUACCAAAGCAAACGAUUAGCUUCUGUAUAAAAUUUGUAUACCUAAUAUAAUGUAAUUUUUUCUGUAAAAUAUGUCCUAUGUGUACGUGUUAAAACAUCAUUAAGAUUAAAAUGCACGUAAUUUUAAU